CAACACACAUAAAGAAUUAUGGCAAGGAGUGAGAUGAAAAAUGUUGUUAUGAUUAUGAUUAUGUUCAUUUUGGCACAAGCUAGUUAUUCUCUUAUGCCGGCUGAGCCUGCCGAUAUAAUGCAUUGUACUAGUGAGUGUGCUACAAAAUGUGUAGAUAAAUUGGGAAAUAAAUUUAAGUAUGCAUAUUGUGUUGGUAGAUGUGUAUUUAAAUGCUCUAAAAGUUCAUCGCAAUUUGCAAAUGAUUGUACUAUAGCUUGUGCUUCUUCAAAACUCAAUAAUAUUAAUACAGAUGCACAUGGUGUUAAUGCAAUCGUCAAUUCAUGCUUGAAAACAUGUCAGGAUAAAUCAUAAUGUAUACCGAGUUUAUGGACAAUGUCAAUGCAAUUGUCGAUUAAUGCUUGAAUACUUGCUAGAAUAAUAUGUAAUAAUCAAUAAAUUGGGAAAAACAUAUGUUGAAUUUAACAACAUUCUCUCUCA